ACCGUCACUCUUUCCCAGCGAUCCGCUGGAGAGAAGCGGAGGCGUGGUUUCCUGGACCCUGCGGGGUCCUCAGCUCCAGCUCAUCCUUCCCUGCAGCCUGAUGGAGCUAGAGACGGAGACGAUCUCCAGGAAGAGGAAGGAGGCCCCGACCUCGGCCCUGGCGACAGAGCUGGAAAACUUGCUGAAAAUUUAUUUGCUGAAAAUUAUGAAGUAACCCAUAGACAGCUGUGUGAGUUGCUGAAGUAUGCAGUUCUGGGUAAAUCCACUGUUCCUAACCCCAGAGCUCAGGGAAUCCCACAGGAGAAGAAGCAGAAAGAUUCUAAGAGUCAGAGAGAGUGGUGUCUACCAGAAGAACAACACCUUCUGUUGAAUCAACUAAGCAAGGCAAAUAUGAGCUCACAGAGAUGGAAGCAGCAAACAUGGCCUAUAACAGAUCCUCAGCAUAUAUGUUCUCCUGACUGUGAAAACUUUAUCCUUACCAAGUGUGAUGGUUCCAUAACAGAUAGUAGUCCCCUCUUUGGACUUGACUCUGAAAUGUGCCUUACAUCCAAGGGGGAAGAACUAACACGCAUCUCAGUGGUUGCUGAAGAAGGCCAUUGUAUUAUGGAUGAACUGGUUAAACCUGACUUCAAGAUUCUGGACUACCUUACUAGUUUUUCAGGAAUCACGAAGAAGAUUCUUAACCCAAUGACAACCAAACUCAAAGAUGCACAGAAGCUGUUAAGAGAACUGCUUACUCCUGAUGCUGUGUUAGUGGACCAUUCCCUAGACUUGGAUCUCAGAGUAUUGAAAGUGAUACAUCCAUAUGUUAUUGAUUCCUCAUUGCUUUAUAUCUGGAAGCAGGGCAGAAGGUUUAAGCUAAGAUUCUUAGCCAAAGUUAUUUUGGGGAAGGACACACAGUGCCCAGACAAGCUUGGUCAUGAUACCAUAGAAGAUGCUAGAACAACUCUUGAAUUAGCUCGGUAUUUUCUUAAGUAUGGGCCAAAGAAGAUUGCAGAGCUCAGUCUGGAAGCACUAGCUAAUCAUAGACUGAGAGCAGCUAGUCAAGCAUCAGGAAACCAGGGAGCAGCUACUAAGCACCCAAAUAUGAGUGUUUUAGACUGCCUGGACUCAAUGGGUCAGAAACUCCUUUUCUUGACUCGGGAUAUAGAUGAGCUUUCUUCUUCUAGAAACUGUCAAACUAUUAAGUGCUCUUCAAAUAAAGAGGUACUUGAGCAAGCCAAGUGGAAGUCCCUUUGUUUCCCUUCAACAGUGUGCCGCUCUCUUCUGAACCCUUCCUUCCACCCAUCUCUGCUGAGGAGCAACCCUAAUUGGCCACUACAUGAGCUAGAGCAAGAUUCUGAGAACCAAGCUACUAUAUAUGUGGCUGGAUUAGGUAAAACUUUUAAAGAACACCUGUUGGAGCACUCCAGCCUCUUUCCUGACCUGGAAGCUGUGAUCCUGCCUAAAGAUGUUAAAAGCAGAAAGCAAAAAAAAAAAAAAAAAAAAAAAAACUACUGUUUUUUGAAGUUCACAACUCGUGACAGUGCCCAGGUAGCCCUUGAAAUUCUCAAAGGAAAGGACUGGAAGUUGAAAGGCAGAUAUGCCCUAAUCCCUGGGCACCUCCAGACAUGACUCAAGGACAUACAUCCUGAACCAGCAAUGCCUUCAGGAUUUGGAAUAGUUCCGCCUCUCUUGGAGGCAGGUCUUCAGACUCUGAAGGAGAACCACCCAAAGAUAGUAGCCUGGCGCUAUGACCGGAGGAUUGAAAAGCUCUACCACAGCCUGAGCCCAGGCACCCUCUGCCUCAUCCUGCUGCCGGGAACUAAGAACACUUUUGGAUCACACCCUGGCUUAGGACUGAUGAAAAUAAAGGAGGAAGAAAGUGACAUCCCAGGCCUGGGAGUGUGAGUCUCCCCACACUUUCCCAUAUAGAGAAUGUGACUAGGCUACAGCCCCUUCAAGAGGGUGACAAGCUUUUCCAUCUAGCAGACAGCUAUGGUAAAAAGUUGGGAUACCAGCUGAAGUAUAUUGUCAUGUGAAAAAUUUCAAUAAAUGCCUAAAACUCAAAACAUUUCUUCCUCUUAAGACAUGAGGAGGAGGGAAAAUGAGUGUUUUGUAUCUUGAGUUUAUUUACACAGAUACUGAUUGAUUGCUGUAGUACUGCCAUUAAAAUGGCAUAUACUGCAAAGACCAAGAAAAGAAAAUCCAGCCAGCUUGUCUGGAGACACUUUUGAUUCUCUGGCAUCUGCUAUACAUCUGGCCAGAGCAAAGACAGUGGAAGACUUAGCUUUUAUAGUUAGAACCCACUUCCAUGUAUGGGAAUCCCUCCUUCCUUUGCUACAGCUGCAGCAUCACUCUUCACCAGCAGGUGUCGCCAUCACACCAGGGCAGCACUUGGAAACGCCAGUUUUGAUGUUUUAAUGUGACUAACUAGUAACAUUGUUGGAAGAUGAGACACAGGUCCAUGGUUGCAAAUCUGCUCCAGAGGAAGUCAACUAAUCUGUCAGUCACACCUAAAAUCUUCCUUUCUACACUCAGAUCUUACAAAUUCCAUCAGAAGAACUGAAGAUAAGAUGCUUGUACCAAAAAGUGCACAAAGUGAUGAGUGUGCUGUGCACAUGUGCCCCCUUCUAAUCCCAACUUUUUAAGUUAUUGCUCAACUUAAGUUAAAUAUUAUUAGUCCAGGCACAGAGAUGCUAGUAUCUCAUAGAAUUAGUAUUUGGCUUUUUGAAACAGGGCCUUACUGUGUAGCCCUGGCUGUCCUAGAACACUAUGUAGACUGCUCAAACUCAGAGGUCUACCUGUCUGCCUCCUGGGAUCAAAGCCAUUUGUCAGCACACUUGGCUCUCAGAAUUACCAUAGAGAUAAAUGAAGUUGAGUUCAUAGUCAUGCAUGUGUGUGCAUAGGGCUAUAGAACAGUAUUAUAGUUUUGAUUCCUGUUGCAUAGGGGAAAUGUACAAAGCUAUGCAUAGGAUUGGAACCAAGCCUGGAAUGUUGUAUGCCAAGAUGUUAACAGUAUUUCUCUCUGAUUAGUAGGACUGGCAAAUCAUGUUUUACAAAAUGCUUUAAUGGAAGGUUCUAUUUUAAAAAAGAAAACAACAGCAACAACAAAAAACAAACAAAAAGCAGGCAGGCUUGGUGGUGCACACACUCUGGAGACAGAGGCAGGUCUCCAGUUUGAAAGCUCUGAGUUUGAAAGCCAGGCCAGUCUAUGUAGUGAGUUCCAAGCCACUGAAGGCUACAUAGUGAGACCCUGCUUCCAGUAAAAACAAAACAACAACAAAAGAAAGCAGUUCAGCAUUAUUACUUACUUUUAUAGUUAGGAAAGAAAUAAUUCUGAAAAUUUAGGGUUGGGUACAUAGGGCAGUGUUCAGCCCUUAAAUGAAGCCUCCAUAAGAGUGGACCAUAAGUGGAACCAAGCACUAGAGUUUGAUUUGACAUCAACACACUGCUUCCUGAAGUUCUUCUGUCAGGAGGAAACUUGUGCCCACUUGAGCUUCCUUUCCAGCUGAGCUCUAAAGCAGUGGGCUUCAAUUGAGAUCUACCUUUUGAGGCUUCUGUCCUGAAAGACAGUCCCUCUAAUGGACAUGGAAAAGUGUGGGUUAGAACUUCAGUUCUGCUGCUGGGUAUUUGGGUCAUUUUGAGUCCAUUUCCACAGCUGUGUAAGUUGAAGAAAUACCUACUUUUAAGAAUUAUGAGACUUCAAAGAUCUAGCUCAUGAAAAAUCUCAAGAAUAGUAGUAGACUGGGAACUAUUUUCCUAAGACCCCAUUUAAAAUGGGGAAAUCAGUACCUACUUCAUGGUUGGUAGGAAGAUUAAGUACCAAAAGUCCAGCAUGAGUAGUGCGUAAGUAGCAAGCAUUAGUGGCCUUUGCAAAGUGUUGCAAGAAGCUAUUAAGGCGUUCUGAACUGGGCAAGGUUAUCUUCUUCAGCAUGGAUGAGGGUUUCCCCCUGGGCCCCCACUACAGAACUAAAUGGACCUAGCCUUCAAACCUCUGAGACUUCUGCACACUGUGUUCUUCCAGCUGAUGUCCCACCUUUUGGAAACUAAAGCUGCCAACUUGGCCUCUUGCAAAACACACAUUCCAUUCAUAAGUGCGUUUGUGCAUUGUUCCUCCCACACCCUUCUAGCAGCCAAUGCUGAACUGCCAAGGCAGCUGUCUGAGGAGCAGGAAAAAGGCAACGCCACAGGAAAAGGCAACUGGAGGUUUUUACACAACUUGAUUAAAGAGACUCUUCUCUAUCCCUCUGGACUACUUUUUAGUAUACUUUCUUAGUAGAAGUCCAUGCAAACAAUGCUCAUCUGGUAAUUGUAUAACAAUGACUUGCCAAUCAUUUAAUAUCUGCUUAUAAUCCAUACAGCACUGUUAACAGCACCCUAGUUGGCUAUUUUCCAUUCCACUCUGCUACUCUCCAAUCUGUAGGUUCCUUCUGUGCUUAUUAAAAAGGACAAACCCAGGAGUCAAUGGGAGGAGUGUGGAACAAGGGUAAAACUACACAUUUUCUCAGGAAUAUCAUGCUUACUAAGCCCUUUCCAACUGAAAAGGCUUAUCUGAUCACCAUCCUGCACUUACAUUUUAAGAGUUACCAAGAGGCUAGGAACCUUUGAGGAACCAUCAGCACUUCCACAAAAGAAAUGAGCAAGAUGGCUGACCAGUGCCAUUCUUGAACAGACAACCAGAAAAUACAAGAAAGGAACUAAGGGUCUUAAGUCUAGAACUUAAGAAGCUGAUGGCCGUCUCAGAGUUCCUGUUACAAUUUUUCCUCUCCCAAUUUGGCACAAUAGAAAGUUGAGCCCUUUUAGGGAGCAAUGAGUGAUAAAGGAUCAAAUGUCAUGCCACACACUAAACUCUGCUCCUGCCCCCCAGUGUACCUAACAUUAUUUUAGAGAAUCUUAAUAGGGGAUGGUUGAGCACCAUGAGGUAUCAUGGGUGUCUCAUAAACUUUUCCUUAAACCCUAACCCUGGUGGAGAUGCCUUUAUUUUGCAGAUGAAUAAAAGAUGAGCUUAAUCACUGCAAGUCUGAAUAGACCUAGGGGGUCAUACACAGGGCUCAAGAUUUGACUUUUCUCAUGGGAAUUGAGUUACUUAAGGUAAGAAAGAUGAUUUCAAUAGUAGGCUUAUAAACAUUCACAGUGUAUGGAGAUUAUUACCUGUGUUUGGCUGGAGCUGGGCUCCUAUCCUAUAUGGGUCAUUUUCCCAAGCUGUUAGUAGAUCACAGCAUCAUAGGAAAAGUGGAUAACUUAAGCCUCAGAAUAAAUUCACUGGUUUUUGUUUUCUGCAGAAAUAUCAAUAGUCAGGUAAACAAAUUUAUUGAAUCCAACAGCAGAUAACCUUCAAAUUAAAAACAACAACAAAAACAAAAAAAAUACUGUAGACAUCAAAGACAAAAAUGUGUAUAUCAAGUUACUAUUCAAGGGGCUAUUUGAGAGUGCAACAGUGCAGAGAAUACAAAAGUAUUAACUUUUGUCAAGUUUGUACAACCUCAAGAAACAUAUGCUGGUCACAAACCAAGAGGGAUCCACAACGGUGGAGGGUCACAUGAGCAGUGGACUCAUCACCUCAUCGGCUUAAGACAGGAUAUAUAUGAGACCAAUUCAAUCAAGCCCUGUUUACCUAUUGCUUCAAAUUCCCUCUUUAAAACCUAGAACCAUAUACUCAGUGCAGCAGGGAAGAGCAGUUAAUCAGAUUCUGAGGACUGGGGAUCAGUAUUAGAGGGAGGAUACUUCUUCUAUAGCAAAUAUAUUUGUGCUGAGAGAAAAAGAACAGCUGUUGAAUGGCUUCUCUUGGCAAUGUUCAAGAUAUGUGAUGGAAGUAGGUAUCUGAGAGCAGGCUGGGUUUCCAAGAGAAACAGAACACACCACUCCAACACUAGAAUGAAUCAGAACUUGAUUACUCAGCUAAUCAAACCAUCUCAGCAUCGGCAUCCUAUGCUCAAGCAUCAUUCUUUUUUUUUUUUUUUUU